UAAAUAGGCUUACAAACCCCUCAAAAUGAAUAUGUCUAAAUAAACGAAAAAUAAUAAAAACACCCUUGUUAGCAUUUUCCACAAAAAAUACAUACACUUCCGAAGAUGAAUUUGCUUAUUUUUUCCGUUCUUUCUCUCCUAGUAUCUCUCUCUUAUGCUAAUAUUAUUCAAUCCGACUAUUGUGUUGGAGACUUGAGCCUACCUAGUAGUCCGGCGGGAUAUUCUUGUAAGAAUCCUGCAAAAGUCACAGCUGAUGAUUUUGUUUAUUCGGGUUUGAGGGUAGCUGGUAACAGCGCAAACCCUUUCAAAUUUGGUGCAAGUACGGCAUUUGUCCCUCAAUUUCCGGGUUUGAAUGGUAUGGGUCUUUCCAUUACACGAGCAGACUUGGAGGUAGGCGGAGUUGUACCAAUCCACACACAUCGAGUGUCUGAGCUUAUCAUCGUUAUAGAAGGAACAAUUAUUGCAGGGUUUAUCGAUACAAAUAACACUGCAUACUAUAAAACUUUAACCAAAGGAGACGUAAUGAUCUUCCCACCAACAUUACUACACUUCCAAGUUAAUGUAGGAUCAACGCCGGUUCUUGCGUACGCAAGUUUCGCAAGUGAAAAUCCUGGUAUUCAAAUAGUUGACACUGCUUUGUUUGGAAACAGUCUACCCUCGGAAUUGAUUAAGAAGGUUGCCUUGCUAGAUGAUGCACAAAUUAAGAAGCUCAAGAAGAUGUUUGGUGGCACUAAUUGAUAUAUUAUUCUAAGGGACCAAUUCUCUUUAUUAAGUUUCAAUUGUAUUUUAAAAAAAAAAAAAAAUUAUUAUAGAAAAAAAUAAAAUAAAAAAAAUUGAUCAAACUUUUACUUAGCUUCAGGUCACUAUUCAUAAUUCAUAUACUAGUAUUUGUAUACUAUUAUUCCUUUUUAGCCAUUCGUGACAACUACUCCCUUCAUAUAUUUUAA